GCCACUCAAGAUAAGAAAGAUUAGAACAAGUGACAAGGACUCUAAUUGUGGAGCUAAAGAGCUGCAGACAUACAGACAUGGACAACGUUAACGAUCCUAUUGUUCCACCAGAAGACGACAUCUCAUACAUUCCUACUAUCCAGCACUCCUCGUCCAGUGUAGAGGCGGGCGUACCCACUGUGCGAUACCCUCCUGCAUCUGUCAACUCGUCCUCUUCCAUACCUCUCCUCUCGUCUAGCCGCACCAUACUCGCUAGUGCUGGUGCUGCAGACUCAACCCCGUUCAUCCAGGGAGCCUUCCAAUAUAGGGCCACACUAGUGCAGCAAGUGCACUUCCAAUACCCAACACCCCCCACCCCUCCAGUUGAAGGCUGCUGCAGCUCUCCAGAAGGAGCAGACAAACCAAUACACACUGGUGUACAGUCAUCCAUGCCUGAGAAUUUAGCCAUGACCCAAGGAGCAAUGGAAGGUGAUGCUGGCAAGCCAGUCAACCCAUUCCCGUCUCUACCGACUCCACCUGAUGUACAAGAUCUGCAGCAGGAGCAUCAGCAUCAUAUGCAACUGAGCAGCAUGGUCAGCCCACAGCCAGGCAUCUACUCUAAACCAAUGCAUACCACCAGAUUUCGAAUGCCUCCCUUUAACGAUGGCAUGUCAAUGGCAAUGUUCAACAAAUCCCCGGGAUCUCUUCAGCAGCCGAUGUUCUGUUAUCCUGCUGCUCCGAUUGGAGAUACCAAGAUGAUGAUGUCCACGAUUCCUUCACCUCGAGGAGGUCACCCACCCAUCCCUCCUCUACUCAAGGAUGUUACAAUGACCAUGCCUGGGGAUGCAUUUGCCUUCCAGUCACGCCAGUGCAGCAACUGCUCAGCCACAGCCACUCCUCUGUGGAGAAGGAACCCUGAGGGCAAGUAUCUCUGCAAUGCAUGCGGCCUUUACUUUAGAGUCAAUGGGACCAACAGAAAUGGAACACAGAAGAAAAAGAAAACGAAUCUUAAAUGUGUGAAUAACAAGUGCAGUAACUGCCAGACCACUAAGACAGUGCUGUGGAGGAGGAACGACAAUGGAGACCCAGUGUGCAAUCCUUGUGGCCUCUACUAUAAACUCAAUGGGUUCAAUCGCCCCCUCUCUCUGUGCAAGGACUCUAUACAGACACGCAAUCGCAAGUCAAGCUCAAAAUCCAAGAAAAAGGGCAAGAAAUCUCUGUAUGCAUCGCCUCUUGUGAAGCAUCCCCUCCUCAACAACAUGCCUGGAGAGCUGCCUGUCUAUCCUAACCCUCUCGCUCAACUGCCCAACUAUGUCAUCUCUACUCAGACUGGAAACUAUCCAUCUCAAGUGGAGCCUACUCAAGCUGCCAUGUACAACAGCAGCUGUAAUGAUGGCUCAGUGUACACGUAUGCCUCUUCCUGUCCUCCCCAUGUCUACUCAACCAUGCCAACCAACGCUGGACUGCAUUUUGAGAAUGGCUAUGGCAUGCAAGAAGACGUAAAGCCGAGGAUUGCUGCAGCAGGAAGUGCCUUCUCUAUCCUACCAACAUCUGGCUAUAGUCCCAACAACUGUGGCAGUAGUAGCACUGGAAGCAGUACUGACUCAGGUAUUGAUGCAAGUAUGGCCAACGGGAGCUUCCACUCUUCACCGUACAGUGCCUUCUCUCCAUUUGGCGACAAUCGCAGUUCCCCUCCUGGCCCGCACACACCACAGCAGCAAGCCUCCCCUUCCCUGGUUUGACCCCUGGUUUGACCCCCAGACAACAGGACAAUACAAGUGUGUACAGAGGUGCAUGAAAAAACUUUAUGUAAACAGCACAUUCCUAGGACUGCUACUAUGACAACACUAAGAACACUUUCCUUUGAACACAAGACCCAUUUAAUUGACUUACUGACCACUGGCACUAUUAUUCCCUUGUAUGUAAUUCAGCUGGCCUUGGUUAUACAGGACCUUGCAAAAUCACUUGUUGCUAGCACUGUAUCACUUUUGCUCUUUCUUUGUUGCCUUAGGACUAAAGAACUUAUUUCACAAUCAUAUAGUUUGGUAUUGAUGUCUUAUUGCAUCACUGUACAGGUCACACAAUCCAUCCAUCAAUUGAUUCAUGCUUUAAUUAUGUGUUUUUAUAGUAACUCUUUGCUGCUCUCGUUAUUGACACAAAUCACUUACUCCCCCUCUCUUGUGUGUGUGUUACCUUUAUUGUCUGUUUGUGCUCUGAGUGCGAAUGUAUCACUUGCCUUUGUUUUGUUUGUGUCUUUUUAAGGAGUGUCUAUAUAUAAUUAUUGCGAACUUUUUAUGUGUUUGCUGUAUUGUUUAUAAUCAUGCUCUAUAUAUCACUUUUAUGAAUGUUUUAUUUGCCCUUU